CCAAUCUCCAGCCAGACGCACACGAACGACGCCACGCCUCUCUUCUCCUUCAAUCGAUGUCCUCAGGCUUAAAGAACACAAUAAUAACAAAAGCCACCCACCGAUCUUCUCUUGAUUUUUGGUUACUAGUCAAUACUUUCGUGGUGCUAAUCAACAAAUUCAACAACUUAGAUGGAUCUCAAACCAUUCAAGCUAGACAUUGAUGAGCUCAUCAAUGAGUUUGCCCAGGGUGAAUCAACUACGUUGGCUGAGUUGAAGAGUGUAUGGCUUUCUAAAAAGUUCUCCUUCAUUUUUGAAGCUAGUCCUUCCACAAACCAGGCUUGCUUUAUGCAGUCUUUGUAUGCUCACUGUAUAGGUUACAUGAUGUCUACUGCUUCUAUUUCACAUAGACUGGGUGGAUUCUAUUGCCUUUACUGCCUUUAUGAGACUCAGCCAUUCAAGCCUCCUUUCAAAAUUUAUUUAUCUCUGGGAGAGCUGAAGGGGCUCAAGAACCUUGUUGUUGAAGCUAAGGCAAAGGGGAUAAAAGUAGUAUCUGUUUUAGUCAAAAGGAUGCUAGAAAGGAACGUGUUUCUUUUUGGUUUUGUGGACAUAAAUGAAAGCUCUGUAACAGAGAGGGUAAACCAACUCACAGAUAUGCAGAAUGCCCGCAUUCAAGUUGCGCAUAAGAAGUUAUUUGCAGAUACACGGAUUGAACACUUCCUCCACAUGGACUUGGGUAUGGAACUUGACAUUGGUGAGCUCAAGAAAAUGUCAACAGACUAUGCGGUGGCCAAGGAUGAAGCCAUCAGAGAGGCUAGCAAGGUGGUAGAUGUGCAAAACAUAAAGCACGUUACGGAUAACAAAAGAUUGAUUGGGGAUGUCGUGGAGAAAACUUCUGAAGAUUGGAAUGCUCAGAAAGAAUUUUUCUAUCAACAAAUAAAAUAUGGCCAGCGUCCUGCUGAAGAACCACCAAAACAGGGAGAGAACGAGAACUUCGAAGGACAGGAACGGGAAGCCAAUCAGAACUUCAAAGAGCAGGGAAGUAAUGAGAAAUUUGAAGAGCAGGAUGACGAUGGGAGCUUUGGUAAGGAACUAGAAGACGAGCUAUUGUCGCAGCUCUUGACACGAUGAUGAAGACACUUAACCCUUGAAACUUCUAGAGGACAUAAUAGCACUUGAAAAAUGGGAAGACAAAGCGAAUUAGAGCAGAAGGAAGACAAGGAGAAUCCCGCAGCUUAUGUGGACAAUUGAAGGAGCAGGUACCAUUUCAACCAAAUUGGCAAGGAUAUCAAACAGAAACCAGACUAAUUAGGAUAUAAAACGUUCUACGCAGCUGAGCAAAACUCAUUAAGGGGACGAUGAUAGUUGCUGCCUGCUGGGUGAUAAACAUUGCCUUUGUUGUUUUUGCUCGCCUUGAUGUCUCCUGACUCCUAGUCGAAGUAAGCUAUGAGAGAGAUGCUUCAGAGGCCGGUAUCCCAUUAUACUCUUAGAUCGGAAUUGAAUUUUUUUGAUUAGUGAGGAUAAUAUGAAUACAUAUACUGGGCUUUUUUGCGCAUUUCUAACGAAUGUCAACAAGUUCUUGAAAGUUUUGCUUCUACUUCCAUUGUUAUGAUAAUGAAACUCUUAACUAGAUUUUUGAAUGUGGAAACAGUUUAUUUUAGCAGUUACUUUUGGUGUGGAAGCAAUUACUGUUCUUCUGGGAGGCUAUGAAAAGCACAAACUCCGUUUGAGAGAAAUGCAUACAGUUGAAUUUGCG